GGUGAAACUUCUCUAAACAUAUACAAGUAGUAGUGAAACAUUUAAGCACUCAUAAAAAUGUGACUAAUAUAGUAUACGUAUGUUUUGGCUCUCCCUCUGUCUCAGUCAGCAAGCAGCUGCUUUGUUUCUUAGCUAAACCAUUAAACAAAAUGGAUAACACAUGCCUCGUUACAGACCUCUAGCCUGCACAAUUAAUACUCGAUUCAGAGAAAAAGCCUUAGCAAUUACAAAGGGUAAAUCACCACAAAGCAGAGAACUACCGCUUCACCAAGUAGGAUGAACUAGACUGGAUAACAUUUGUAAAUGUUAAAUCUAAGUACAGCCCCCUGCUCCAGGAUAUUGCCUCUUACCCUAGGGACAGAAUGCUGGCAAAGCAUUUUUCACCCCAUGGAAAGCACUUUUAAGACUGUCAAUCUUGGAAAACUUAUUCAUUGCAGCAACCUGGAUGUAAUUCAUAACUUUACUCUUUUAUCAAUCCACUUUGGUUUAACAUAUGCAUAAGAAUAUCUGGUCUUAGGACACAGUCACAGAAGAACUUGGAAUCUGCUAAAACGUCACAAAGCAAGUGUUCUCCACAGUCAACACACGAGCAGACCUUCAUCAGCUCAGUGCAAGCCAAGUACGUUGUUCCGUGAGAAAAUGAAGACUUUGCAGGCUACUUUUUUCCUGGUUGCGUUUGUACCUUUGGUGAAGGCAGCACCACCUAUACAGCAAGAUUCACCCAGGUUUUAUGAGUAUGCUGAUAUUGCCGUGGGAAGCUCGCUCCAGGAGGAUUAUGACAUGCUGUCCAAGGAUAUAAGAAAGGAUGGAACAAACGUUUCUCUUGACACUGGCCUGAGACUGCAAGCGGAUGACCGCGAACUGGGUGCCAGACCCACAAAGGAUACCAAUUUGCCUACUUGUCUGCUCUGCGUGUGUUUAAGCGGAUCAGUGUACUGUGAGGAAAUAGACAUUGAAGCUGUACCUCCCCUGCCAAAGGAAACAGCGUAUCUUUAUGCACGAUUUAAUAAAAUCAAAAGGAUAGCUGUCUCAGAUUUUGCUGACAUAACUACUUUGAGAAGAAUUGAUUUUAGUGGGAAUAUGAUAGAAGAAAUAGAAGAUGGAGCCUUUUCAAAGCUUUUGUUAUUGGAAGAACUUUCUCUUGCUGAAAACCGACUUGUAAAACUUCCAGUUCUACCUCCCAAGCUAACAACAUUUAACGCAAACCAAAACAGAAUCAAGAGCAGAGGAAUCAAAAACAAUGCUUUCAAGAAACUGACAAAUCUGGCCUACCUCUACUUAGGACACAAUGCACUGGAAUCUGUUCCCCUUAACCUACCAGAAAGUCUGCGCAUUCUGCACCUUCAGCACAACAAUAUUACUACAAUCACCGAUGACACUUUCUGCAAGUCUAAUAACACACGUUACGUUCGCACGCGUAUGGACGAGAUAAGGAUGGAAGGAAAUCCAAUCCUCCUGGCAAAGCACGUCAAUGCUUUUUCCUGCUUGAGAACACUGCCUGUAGGAACAUACUACUAGCCGCUACUUGCGUCAUUACACGUGCCAAAACUCAAGCAUGGUAACAAAAGAUCCAUCUUAUUACUGUUUACGUGUUUAUGUCUUCUCCCCUGCUAAAGCAAUUUUCCCUGCAUACCCAGGACCUUUUACUAGGUUGAAAUGGGGUUCUCCUCUGAAGUAAUUAUUUCAGAACAGCCAUCCUAUUUAGUAGUUACAAUGCCACCCAUGCUUUCAGAAUGUUUUGUUAAUCAAAGUGUAAAAAUAUGUACGUACACAUGCAUAUACUUUCAACUUUUCAUUCAACAAUUACUCAUUACAUGCAGGUAAAAUCCUGCAACUGCUACUUCACAUUCCUUACCAGUUCCCAGAACAAUCAAUGUAUUUUCCUCUGAUAAACCAAACCAUUUCUUGAGUAAGCUAAAUUGUUAUUCCAGUCAAAUUUGUUUUGACCGGAAAUGAAACUUCUUCAGUUAAAUCUUCAAAAUGGCAUGGAAAAAAGUUGCAUACGAAAGAAAGUUAUGUUGAGACACAGAAUUUCUCCGAGUUUAACUUCACUGAAGUCUCCUUAAAACGUGGUUUGUGGAAAAUGUGAAGAAUAAUUUUUAGGCUUAGUGUAUCAAGCAACAAAGCGAAUGGAACAUUUCAAGUCCGUGUCAAAUCUUCUUUGAAUAUUUUUCUUUUAAAAUAAUCUAAUGGCAUUAUAUAUUACAAUUGAAUGUAUACAUAUAAACACAUUCAACUGUAUAUGUUACAUAUAAAUAUUUUUUACACGUUAUAUUUUUGAUUUAAAUAUAUAAUAUAUAUAGACAUCUCGUUCAGCUGUGCUCAUAGGAGUCAUUCUUGCCACUUUAGCUUUUCCAUUUUAAUACAGUGGUCAACAUACAGCAGGGUAUGACUCAAGAACUUUUUUUUUUUUUUUUUGAAGACAUGACAUAGACUGAGCCUUUUUCCACUGCUUUUUCUUGACAGGAAAUGUGACAAUAAAAUUAACAACAAAUUGAAUUAAUGCUUUUACCUGUAAAUGAGCAGGUUUUCAACUAGAAGUCAGUUCAAAGAAACAAAUACAUUUGUACCCAAUACUUUCACUCAAUACAGAAAAAUAGCAUUAUAUCUUCAAAAUUAAAAGUUAAUUCUAACACUAUUCUAAAAAGAGUUUAAGUUGUUUGAGGUUAACACAAGUAUUAUUUCACCCAACUACUUUAAACCACGUGGUUUAUUAAAAAGACACAACAAUGUGUGCAGACCUCAACAGCACAUUCAUAAUUUAUUACAGAACACAAUAUUUCCAAUUACUUAACUGCACACUUCUCCUAACUUGACGGUUUGUCUCCUCAAAUACCAACCACGAGCUUAAACUCUAAUAGACAAAUGCCAAAAAAAGUGCUAAUUACCAUUACUAAAUCAACACCAUACUAACUUUGAAGCUAGUGUAGAUUUCUAAUUUGUAGAUAUAGUUAAGCACAAAUGCAUGAUAAUGUAUCACUACCACCAAAAUAAAUACUGAUUUUUUAAGAUAUUUUGUAUCAAUUAUGUCUAUCUUAUUUAGCCAACCCUUGAUGUUAGUGCUUGUGCUCUAGAGAAUUAUUACUAAAUUUAAACUUAAUUCUGAACAUACUGAGGCUCUGCACCUAGGAGUGCUGAGAUCUAGGUGACUGUGUCAAGCACCAGCUGUGGGUUCAUCUUUCUUGAAAGAGGAUGCAAUUAUGAAAAUCAAGACAAAAAUAUUUUCACCCUGAGCCAGUUAGUCAAGAAAGGCAGAGCAGGCCCCAUCUUUUCCAUUUUUUUUUUAAAAAUAUAUAUAACAAGUAAGAAAUUCCAUGGUUCCAGUGUAUCUGAGAACAAAACCAAGUCCUACGGUGAGAAUAAUAUUUGAUUUUUGUUUUUUUUCAUGUAAAUCUUGAAACUUUUGUGUCUCCAGACAUUUAGGGAAAGAUAAACAAGCCACUCCAGAGCAUAUCAAAACACAUUCCAAAUCCAACCCAAAUUUCUAUCAGGAAUGAAACGAAAGCCACAAAUGGUCUCAUCCCUAUUUGUUUAGUAAAACAUAGAAAAAAUAGUUACAAAUACGAUAACAUUACAUAAAUGGUGGUCUCAGAUCUUAUUCUCAUAACAGAUCAUCGCUGCUAUACAAAAGCCUUUCCAGUAUUAAUGGGAUCAAUAAAUACCAGAAGUGUUCCUAUUAUUCCCCUAUGAAAAUAAUCGUGCAUAAACGUGCACACAUAAACAUAUACAUAUUUAAGUCAUGAAUACAUGCACGCAAACACACUAAGAUCUAACCACUACCACAUCAUGAAUUUUAUAGUAAGUUAUUGUAUAUAUUUUGGAAAAAGUACUAAAUAUCAACAGCAAUUUAAUGCUCUUAAUAUUUUGUGAGCAAAACCAAAAUAGACAACUGGUAUAUUCUGUAAGCCCCAUGCAGGCAAUAAAUUCUCAUGUGUUUUAAUUUCCUUUCCCCAUUUGCAGCAAGUUAACUCAUUAAAACAUUAAGUGAAAGAGCUUCAGUAUGUUUUUCCCUUCUAUUCUUGGGACUUCCAUUAAUGUCAAGCUGAAUGUACACCAUUCUCUUUUUCCUAUCAUCCCCUUCUAUUCUGUAUUUCCAAUAAAACUUGAACCUUUUUCUUGUUAAUCAA